AUGUCUUCCUCUGAGCAAGAGCUUGAGGAGCAGCUUAAGGAGACUGGAAAUAGUCUCCUGAACACUCCUUCUGGCACUGAUGAGCUUCUCAAACUUCUUGAUGACGCUAACGAUUUGUUGGACAAUGUUGAGCAAGGACCACCCAGAUCCAUGCAAGAUGCACUUCUACCCUUAAUGAAAGCAUUAAUUUCUAAUGAACUGUUGAGGCACUCAGAUGUGGAUGUGAAGCUUUCUGUUGCAUCUUGCCUUACUCAGAUUACAAGAAUAACAGCACCGGAUGCCCCAUACGAUGAUGAACGGAUGAAGGAAAUCUUUCAGCUGACUGUAGCAUCUUUUGAAAAUUUGUCACAUGAGUCCAGUCGUUAUUAUACAAAGGCAGGUUCCAUUCUUUGUAUUGUUGCGAAGGUCAGGUCAAGCUUGUUGAUGAUGGACCUUGACUGCGAUGCCUUAAUUCUCGAGAUGUUUCAACAUUUCCUUAAAAUAACCAAGUCCAACCUUCCAGAUGCUGUAUUUUCAGCCAUGGAAAGUAUUAUGACAAUGGUUUUAGAUGAAAGUGAAGAAAUUCCCUUGGAUAUUCUAAAAGCUCUUUUAUCUAGUGUUAGAAAGGAAAAUCAGGAUCAGACUGUUUCACCUAUUUCUUGGAAACUGGGGGAGAAAGUUAUAGAGAAUUGUUCUGCUAAGCUUAAAUCUUAUCUCGUGGAAGCAGUGAAGUCCAUGGACAUUGCUUUGGACGAUUAUGCUGAAAUAGUGGCUUCUGUAUACCAAAAUGGAUCUGAUGCCCUCAAAAAUGAUAAUGACAAUGAUUCUGGGAAAAAUCUGGUGACAGAGGGACUUUCAUUUGCUGAGAUACUGGAUGCUUACCAAAAGAGGGGAAUUGCAGCCCCCGGUGCUGUUAAUCCUAGAGAAGCUGGCAAAACUGUGGCUGCUCCUACUAAGGAUGAACACAAUGUCAGACAAAAAGUUUCUAAACAAUUACAGCAUUGCCAUCUUACUAAACAUUCCAAGGGUAUUGAUUCAAGAGAUGGUGCUCAACUGGACAAUUCGGGCUCACUGAAGGCUACCAAAUCAGAAGUUGAGCCAUACUCAGGUCCCAAAAAGAGAGGGCGGAAGCCAAAUUCUUCAAAGAAUUCAGAGGAAGGCCAUGACCACGCUCAACCUAACAAUUCAUUCUCUCCGAAGGCUGUCAAAUCAGAAUCUAAUGACAAGGGAUCUGAUGCUUCACCCGCUGAAGGUCGGCUUCAUGGAAAGGCUGCUUUGCAUUUAACACUUGAAAAGGUGACUGAGCCACCAGGUUUAGAACCUAAACCUGAAGUGGACAUUGGAGCUUCUUCUCCGCUUCCUCGAAAUAACCCUCCUGGUGGAACCCAACGCAGAAGGGGUCGACCAAAAAAGCAGGUUGUGGCUGAUCAUUCAGCUAACCGUGGUCCCCUAUUUGCUGUGAGGCGAGAGUUCUCAAGUGCUCAGGCUGAGGAGAGAAUUGCGCAAAAAACAGAUACCCAUCUGACUCAGGGAUUUAAGGAGACCAGUACCUUUGAAGCAAAAGCACGGGGGCAUCCUAGAGCUCUAGAAUGUGCUGAAAAGACAAGCGAGGAGUGCUUGCUUGCUUCCAUACCUGUUGUCACAGAUACGGAAGCUGCCAUUCCCUUUGAUCCUGAUGAAAAACCACAGCAACAGUCAGCUUUGGAUGUUGCAUCUGGGAGUACCAAUGAUCAAUCCUAUGUCCGAACGGGUACUAAGACACGUAGGGGGAAUGCUACUUCUAGUAAGGAGAGUACCAAAGCAUCUGGUAGCAAGAAGAUUUCUAAGUCUGCGACAAAGUUGAGUGAAGAUAAUGAAGGAACACAUAAAGUGGUUCUGAAGAGGAAGUGUACCAUUGAAAAGGAAGAGGCGUCUCAAAUGCUUGAUCUUGAUGAGCGAUUGGUUGGCAGUAGAAUAAGGGUUUGGUGGCCAAUGGACAAAGCGUUUUAUGAAGGUGUUGUUUCUUCUUACGACCCUGCUAAAAAGAAGCACUUGGUGUUGUAUGUUGAUGGGGAUGAAGAAAAUCUAAACCUCAAAAAGCAACGUUGGCAACUGAUCGAUGAUGUUUUACCAGAUGUCCAAAUGGAGAAUCUGCCAAAACCUGAAGCUUCUUCUGAUACACCACAAAAGAGAAAACGGAAAACAAAAUCAGAGACUUCUAAACAAGAAAACGCUGGGUUGUCCUCGAAAAGGAUAUCUAGACGUGGAGUGUCAGCUGGCUUAUCCAUCGUUGAGUGUAUGAAGUCCGGCAGUAAAUCUGCAGAUUGUUCUACACUAGGUGAGCUUAAAGUUAUUAAUGGUGAGGAGGAUGAUCAAUCCAAGGAAAAUGACAGAUUGAUGGAUGAUGGCCAAGUGUCUGCUGGCAAAUUGGAGGCAGAAACGAAGACUGGUAUUGACUCCGCACAGAUAGCACCUGAGACUAUGACCUCAUCUAAGGGAGAGAGUCCCAAACUUGAUAUUGAACCUUCUGGUGGGGAAUGUGCCAAAGAACUGAAAGAAUUGAGCGAGUGUGCAGGGAAUGCGAUCCAUCCCUUAACCUGA